AUGGCGCGACCAAAAUGGCUGUCGUCAUUGACACAGCAUGGCUCGAAACCACCUUACAUGUUGAAGAUCAGAAGUUCAGAAGGAUUUAUAACCGGCACGAUAGCUCUGGCCGUAUUCACAGACAUGUUUCUCUACAGCGUCAUCGUUCCUGUCAUUCCUUUUGCCAUACAAUCGCGUAGCCAUGUGGAACACGACAGGGUGCAAUACUGGGUUUCUGUUCUCAUCGCCGUCUAUGGGGCGGCUCUGCUUGCCUUCUCUCCAUUGUGUGGAUGGCUUGCGGAUCGCGGCGCGUCUCGUCGAUCUCCGCUUCUCUUUGGACUGUUCGCGCUGUUGGGGGCUACGGUCUUAUUGCAGAUUGGCAGUUCUAUAGGAGUCUUGAUUGCCGGACGCGUUCUGCAGGGUGCAUCAGCUGCGGUUGUAUGGGUUGUUGGCCUUGCGCUCUUAGCUGAUACGGUUCCCCAAGAGAGGCUUGCUCAAAGUAUGGGGCAUGUUUCCAUCGGAAUGUCACUUGGUAUUUUCAUAGCCCCAUGUAAGCAACUUACCAUCAUAAGUAGUACGCAAGUGGAAAUUUUACUAACCAUGACUGCACCUUCAGUACUGGGUGGAGUCGUUUUCGAUAACGCCGGAUAUGACGCUGUAUUCGCCAUGGCCUACGGAUUGAUUGCGCUCGAUAUUGUACUUCGUCUCUUACUCGUGGAGAAGAAGGUAGCCGCACGAUGGGAUUCCGACGCAGGACCAGUACCAGUGGUCAUCAACGAAGAGUCGGAGAACAGCCAGACGGAAGUCGCAACGCAUGCCUCUGAUCCUGAGAAGGCGAUGCAAAUCACCCCCGCCCAGCCACAGAUGAAACCUGCAGACGCUUCAACUCCUUCACCUCGUUUCCGCGAUCGCCUACCACCCGUCCUCUCACUGCUUUAUUCUCGACGUCUGCUCUCUGCCUUGUUCUGCUCCCUCAUCCUAGCCGCCCUUACGACCUCUUUUGACUCUGUCCUCACUAUCCGCGCCGCUACAAUUUUCCAUUGGAACUCAACAGGAGCAGCGCUGCUCUUCCUGCCUCUUGUGAUUCCCACCUUCCUAGCGCCCCUGUUUGGCUGGCUCAGCGAUAAGUACGGGAGUCGUUACUUUGUUGUACUUGGCUUCCUGGGUGCUUGCCCGCCUUUUGUCUGCCUUCGCUUCGUCGAUGAGAACACUAUGAGAGACAAAGUGUUGCUCUGCGCGCUACUUGCGGUGGCUGGACUUUUCCUUGCACUUACAUACCCACCAAUCAUGGCCGAGAUCUCAGUUGUGGUGGAGGCGAAGGAGAAGAGCAUGCUUGCGCGUGGCCAUCCAGGGUUUGGACCUGGUGGAGCGUUUGGUCAGGGCUACAGCUUGUUUAAUGUUGCUUUCGCAGGAGGCUGUAUGGUUGGACCACUUUUGGCCGGCUUCAUUGUGGAGGACAAGGGAUGGGCGACGAUGGCUUGGGUGCUGGGGCUAUUGUCGGGCAUCACGGCUCUGCCUGCGUUUUUAUGGAUGGGUGGCUGGCUGCUUGGAAAGACGGAUCAUGGGAGUUGA